GAAAUAAAAAAACAAAGAAAUAUAUAUUAUAUACGUAUGUCAUUACUUCAAAAGAGGGAAAAGAGAAAGAGGGAUCAACGACGCCACUGAACUAGCGUCCCGACGGAGCUGCCACGCGAGGCGAUCAGAGGUGCCGUGCGAGACGAUCGGAGCUGCGACGUGAAUGACCGGAGCUGAGAUUUCGAAAUAGUGUUAUGGAGGAGCAAUUCAUACUUAGAGUUCCACCGAAUGUGGCAGAGCGGAUAGAGCGGCUUUUGAAUGAAACUGAUCCUUCUUCAUCUGAAGACAAGUCAUUAGAUUUGUCAUUUAGUGAGGAUGGAAGAAGUGGUACGUUUAUGAUUGGGAAUGAACACUUCCCAGCUUCUCUAUUGGACCUUCCUUGUGUUGUUGAAUCCUACAAGACAUAUGAUGAUAACUCUUUGAUUAAGACAGCUGAUAUUGGUCAGAUGAUUAUGGUUCGGGAAUCCGGUGAUGCUGCUCCAGAUGUAAUUGAGUACAGGCAUGGCCUCACCCCGCCCAUGAGAGAUGCUCGCAAGCGUAGAUUUCGCAGGGAGCCAGAUCUUAAUCCUGAGCUUGUGUCCCGUGUUGAGAAAGAUCUCCUCAAAAUCAUGGCUCGAGGAACAGCUGAAAAUCUUGAUGCAGAAGCCGCUGAACAAGAAGUGGAGGAGAAUGCUCGAGGUGGUAAUAAAAAAGCUGCACCUAAGCCUGCACCAAAACAUGAUGUUCCAGAGAAUCAUACGAAUGCAGGGGAGCCUGACAGGAGUGAUUCUGAGGAAUCUGAUGACUCGGUCUGACCCAAAUCAACUUCCAAAUAAUAUUUAUAUUACCAACAAUGAUGAAAUGACAGCCUGUAUUGUAUAGUAUAACUGCUGCAGUUAAACUUGAAUUCUGUCCACCAUUAAAAUCAAUUUUGGUGGAUUUUCCAUUGUAGUUGUUUGUAUACACUUUUGUAUAUUUAUCAAAUGGUGCAUUUUCGUGUUAUCUUUUA